GGAAUGAAUAAAUUAUUUGAUCAACAAAAACAACCGCCAGAAUUAAAUUUAAUUAAUGGAUUUGAAGGGGAAGAAACAAAAGAAUUUAACAACCUUAGUGAUAUUGAACAAAAUAAAGUACAAAUGGAGGCGGUGGCAGCAGCAGCGGCAUUUCUCCUUUCUUUCCCCAGUGAAAAUCCAACAAAUAGUAAAAUUAGUCAAAUAAACGGAAAAGAGGAAAAACAAAACAGUUCUUUUAAAACAAUAAUUAGGCAUCCACCUUUACAACCAAUAUCACAAAAGGGCAAUAGAUGGAUUCAUUUGGGUACUUUCGAGACUGAAGAGGAAAUGCAUCGUGUUCGAAAUAAAGAAAAAGUAUCCAAGCGGCGGACAGAACAACUUAAAAAUGGUGUUAAAAUAAGAUAUAGAUGUAAUACUUGGAAGAGAACUAAAUGUGCCUUUCAAAUGUUUAGUUUUUUUAAUCCUAGUGAUGGAUUAAUUGAUCUUUACGAAUGUGGAGAGCAUGACCAUUCGGGAAGGUAA